UGGAUUAGAAGCGAAAGUUAAUUAACAAGAGUUAAUUUCUUUUAUGUUUUAAUUAUUAUUUUUAUUUUCUUUUUCUCAUCGCAGAUUUAAUUCAACAAUUAGUCGAACAAGAAAUGGAAUCGAUUUUGGAUUUGUCUUUUCUUCCUUGGAAUUUACCAAAAGAAAACAUUUCACUGGCUUAGGCUUUUGGAGACAAUGAGUUGAUUUAUGUAUAGAAAACUUGAUUUAACUGUUUUAAAUUAAGAUCUUUCUUUAUGAUUACUUUACCGUUACCUGGACGUCAUUUGGAUAUUGUUGGUAUUUUAAUUUACAUACAUGGAGAGACAAAGACGAAUUACCUGAUUAGAGUGAUAACUUGACCAUUGGAGCAAUGAAAAAAUUAACGUAAUUGUUUGGUGUUCACUGGGUUAGGGUUUUUGGUAAACACAAUCAAAAAGGAUGGACUUAUAUUCAGAUGGACCAGAUUAUCUCCCCUGAUUGUCAUGUUUAUAACCGAUUUAAUUCUGUUGUUCUUUUCAUGGCUCCUUGAUCAUUGUAACAUUUACUUAUCAGUUGAUCUGCUGUUACCAAGGUAAAAAAUUUGGAUGGUACAAUGUAUACACAUGGACAAAUGGGCUAAUCAAAAUGAUUUGUUACUAAUCAAUACAAUUAGUUUUGAUCAAUGCAAGAGCCAAAAAAUGAAAAGACAACAGAAAUUACUCAACUUGGAAAGAUGGAUAAAUCAGAAUUAACAAUAUUUAAUAGUGAGCAAACUAAAUCAACGGUCAACAAUCAACUUGCAUUUUAAAUUUUGCAUCAAAUUAUUUAAUUGUUUUAUUUUUCUUCUUCUUAAUAGUCAACUAAAUCAUGGUUUCACUCGUUAAUCCAAUCAACUUUUCAAUCAAAAGUUAUAUCUUAUCAACUCUAAACUUGACAAUUAUAUUUUGGCUUAUUGGUCUUUCAAAAAUUGGUUAUAUUAGUAGCGAAACCACAAUUAAAAAAGAGAUUACAAUUGAUUUAAAUGAUAAACAAUUUAAUCCAUCCCUGCCUAUUUUUAAUCCAUCAACAAUAUUGGAACAAUUAAAAUUGAAUCUGUCAACAUCAAUUAAAUAUCAACUUAAACACUCAACUGAAGGAGGAAAACAAAUAUUUACAAUUAAUCAAACUACUGGUUCCUUGUUUAUUAAAUCAUUUGAUUAUCUUGAUGAUAAAUCAAAUGAAAGUUUAACAAUUGUCCGUGAGGUUAAUAAUCAACUAAACGACGUGAUACUAUUGACAAUUAAAUUUUCUAAUGGUCAAAACAAUCAAUUGGCCAAGAAAAAGAAUGGAUCAAAUGAUGAUGAAGCUAAUCGUGAUGAAUCAAUGAUACGUGUUAAAAGAGCUCCACCUCGUAAAUCCAAUAAAGAACCAGUUGAACAAAAGUUACUAUUUAAUUUACAAAUGGUUAAAGGUGAUUCGGAUAAUUGUAAACCUGGUGAUUCACUUAAUUAUUUGGUUACUAUUAAUUUGCCCAAAGGAAAGGAAAACGAUUUAUAUAUUGAACUAUUUACCCGAAAACCAACUAAUCCAAAUCAUGUUCCAAUCUUAUCGCUGUAUAAUGUUACCAUGUUUCAUGAUAAGAAGAUAGUUUUACCAAAAUCAGCGACUGAACCUCAGUAUCAUCUAAGUAAAACAAAUGCUAAUGUUUAUGAUCGGGUGAUAAUCAACUUGGAUGGAAUUGAAAAUUCUGGACAUAAUGGUAACUCGUUGACCAUUCAAUUCUCAGCUGUUAUGUUUUACAAUGAAGAUGUUAAACCAGGAUCGAAACAUUUGGUCUCUGUGGGCGCUGAAUUUCAGGGUAAUCGAUUUGUUUGGGUGGGACAAGAUCAGGUUACUUAUGAUAGAGUCAAAACUGAUCCAAUUAUAUCUGGUACUUUAACGGGACCCGAAGAGUUGACCCUUGGUAGUGCAGCGAUAUAUUCAUUUCGUACAAAAAUGGCAUUUCGAUCUGAUAUAUUAACUGUAGAGGCCACAGUUCCGAACACGAAAUGGGCACCAGAUAAUAAAGUGUCUUUGGGUCAAAUUGGACUUGGAUCUAUGGGCUUCAACUGGGCAGCACUUCCCAAAGAUUUUAAUCACUAUGAAGUUGAGCGUAGCUUGGCCACAUCUAGAGCCUCAUAUUAUCGGUCACUUAUUAAACUGGGCACCAUCACCUCGAUAGCUGCCACCGCUGGUAACCUAGAGAAAAACACUGACGAUGAUUCAAAUUUGUUUGAAUUUAAGAUUCCUGUUUAUGGAUUAAAUUAUGAGGCCAAUAAUGGUUCCAAUGCUAAUUUAACAUUAAGACUCGUUUUCGGUGCUAAGGUCCGUUUUAGCCAAACAAUUGGCAUCAAAUUAAUAUCUUCAAAUGUUUCAUCAACAAUGACCUCGCAAGUGAAAUCAUGGUCACCCGUAACUGGACUGACUGGUGAUUAUUCACCGAAAUCUGUGAAUCCCGGUGAUUUGACCUCCGUCUUGUUAAAUGUCACUCUUGGUUCAACUGGUACUCUAACUGACCUUGAGGUUGUCCUUAAAGACGCUGGUCCAGGAUUAUCAGUUGACUCUUGUGGGGCAAGACUUUUACCUGGACAGUCAAGCCCUAAUAUCCCUUAUCUGAAUUCAUCAUGGUUUCCACCUAAAAAUUCAGGUUCAAAACAAACUUUUAUCUUUGAAAAAAUUAAUGUUGUCUCACUUUAUCCAACUCUAAUCAACAAUAAUAUUGAAAUUGAAUUGGCCUUGAAAAUUAAUUCAGAUGAAUCAAUCGCCGGAGCUUUAAUCUCCCUUGAUGUUUAUCCUUCCGGUCAAUCCUACACUUCUGGUCAGUAUUAUGAAGCAAAUGUCACCAUAACUCCGGGUAAACCGGACGAAGGUGGGCUACUUAAGACAAGCUUUGAUAAGGUGGUCCCAUGGAAAGAGAUUCAUAGUGAGGGUGGAAUAGCCUUUGAAACUGAAUUGAUUUUACCACCGACAGCAAAUUAUUCAAAUGUUGAUCUGAAAACGGAAGUGGACUCACCUGAUUCGGCUCUUGAAAUUUGUCGGGUCACUUUGACCUCCAUUGGUAACAGUUUACCCUGCACAAAAGCAUUAGAACCCGUUAUUUCAUCUCAUGUAUCAACUUUAUCUGGAAACUUGACCCAAGAUGCAAUCAUUUCGUUUGGCGAUGUUUGUUCAAAACCCGCUCAGACCAAAGCAGCUAUAACCGCGACCAAAGAUCGAACCAUAAGCACUUUCAUCGCAAUUAAGGGUACUAAUGGUAUCGAAUCUUCAUCUAAUCGUACCCUUGAAGUUACAUGGACUGGUGAUCCUAUAAGUGGACCUUGGAGUCAAAAGAUGACCAUUCCAAUUGUCAUCGGUGCAGAAAUACCAACAGUUGCCUCAAAAUUGCCCAAAGUUUUAGUCACAAAAACAACACCCGGAUCAGUUGGAGUGGGUCAACCAACCACUGGGUCGAUCAUGAUGUUACUAGCAACACAGUCGACAAUUGAUUAUACAGUUGAAGUUUUUCCAACCCAAUCUGAUUCAAAUUCAUCGAUAUGUUCAAUUUGGAUCAAAUCGGUUGGUCAUAAUAUGCCCUGUUUCGAUGCGUCCCCAACAACUGUCCUUGAGAGUAAAAAGCUAGGCCACAACACGAAAGGUACACUUCACCUUGGUGUCAUCUCGAAUCUUGGGCCACUUAGGGAAACCUUACCCGCUGAAGAAGAAGAAGAAGCGGAUAAAAUUCGAUUAAUGACCAUGGUCACUUUAUCUCCAACCGCAACUUCAGAUGAAAGAUUCGAUGUCGUUAUCAAGUCAGGUAAACAUUCUGAACGAUCUGCGUUCAUUGUUCCCAUUAAUCGAUUCCCAAAACCUCUUAAAACAAAAACCGAUGACUUUGAGAUAAUCGAUGGCACCAAAGAUCCAUUGCAAGUUCCCAUCGGUGGUCCAGCAGCAGUUCGUAUGCGUGUUAUGGUCAAACCCAAUUCGAUGGCUCAACCAGCUCUCAUCUUUCCAACUUCAAAUUUUUACAACAUCACCGAUUUCGAGAUUUCUUGGAUUGGUUCCAAUUAUCCGUGUUAUUCACCUUUCUCAGCAUCCAAAGACAUUUCCAAAGGUAUAUUCGCCUUAGGAGUCAUUGCAAAUUCAAAUUUAAAUAAAAGUUCACAUGCUAAUUGGAUCGAGGUAACAGCGGCACUUCAAGUAUCACCAAGCGUUAAAUCAAGUCAAUCCAUCAAAUUUGAAGCGAUUCUUGAAAUACCUGGAACGGAAUUCCGAGAUAGAUAUGAUUCAAAAUUGAUUGCUGUCAAAAAUGUUGAUACAAUUGCUCCAAAAACGGUUUGGAUUAAUGAAAGCACCAUUGAAGAGCACUUGGCCGUUCGAGAGACACGUUGGAUAAAGUUCAACGUAACUACGGAACCUGAUUGGAGAUCACGAUUUACCAUUGAUGCAUCGGGUGAAAUCAUUGAAGGUCGUCCUGUUAUUUCAGUUCGAGGAAUCCGAGUUUCCCGAUUAGGUCGUAACUUACCCACUGGCCUACCAGCGACACUUAACGUGACCCUUGAUUCAGUCGAAAAUCGAGUAACUGGAAUUUUUGAUUACACGGCAAACUUUGGAUUCUCCCAUAAAGUUAAUGCCACUCUCGAUGGCGAUGAUAACAUUGAAGUUCAAGUUCUAAUACAAAUGAUGAGCCAUUCGAUAGCAUUUAACGGCGAUGAGGUUCGUCGAAAUCGAGUCUCUUUACGAUUCAUGGUUGAAACAACGGAUGGCCUUCAAGUUCUAGCUCAAGGUGAUCGAUUUGUAAAGGUCAUACCUGGAACAUCAUCAGUCCCACUUAUGAACAUUAAAACGGGCCUAUCAGCGUCUCGAAAUACUUAUGGACGCGGUGAACAAGUUUCUAUUCGAGUCUCAUUGUCUCACACCGAUGUUUCUAAAGGUGAACCUUUGGACAGUUCAGUUCGAGUUUAUUUACCAAAUUAUCUUGAAUUUAAAUCGUUGAUUGCUUCCUCUCGACCAGUUACAAUUAAUCAACCAAUCAACUUGACCUAUUUUGAUGUUAAGGUUCCCGUUGUCUUAUUCUGGGAAACCGUUGAUAUUGAUUUAAGUUUAAUCGUUGAUCCUAACAAGUUAAUUGGUUAUGGGCGAGGUGAUAUACCAACAACAAUCUUAAUCACAAUGUAUCAUCAAGGAACCAAAUUAAUCUCUAAAUUUAAACACAUUUCAUUCACAUACAAAUCAGAAGAUUGUUUCAGUCAAAUUGAAUUAAAUGAUUGUCAAAUUGUUUCAUCGACUGCUCUUAAUUCAACUUUUGGACCAACAUUAUCAAGAUUAUCGAUUUCACAUUCUGCUUGGAUACCGUCACCGGCCUCAAGCUAUGACCACGAUUUUAUUGAAUACGAUUUACUUGGGCGAACACGAAUUACAGGAAUUCAAUUAUCUUAUCCAAUGAUUAAUCAGCAGAUUUUCUCAAGAAAAUUAACUUCAUUUCAUCUUGAAAUUUCCGAUGAUUCGAUAAUGUGGUUUAAAGCAACAUCCAAGUUAAAUGUGACCAAUGUCCAGCAAAGUGUUAAUGGACUUUACGAGAUUCGUAUCGGUGGUAAUAUUGAGACUCGAUACUUAAGGUUCAUCAUUGAUUCACUUGAAAAUAGUUUAACGGCUAAUCAUUUACUCGCAAUUAAAAUUGGAUUAUUGGGCUGCCGACUUCCGGGUCCAGUUGAUGUUUGUAAUAAAGCCAAUCCAAAAUGGACUUGGUUUGAUGAUGAUAAUAAACAUCCGGUCAAGCAAUUUGUUUAUGCUGUUGACCAUUACACUUUAUAUGGCUGCCAUUUCCGUAAUGACCCAAAUUACACUGAGUGUUUCCGAAGUAAAAAUGGCGGUGGCUCUUGGACGAAAUUACCUUCAUAUGUCCACUCAUUGGUUGGCUAUGAGACAUUAACUGGACGUGUUAUCGCAAUCGAUUCAUCUUCGCCCGUUAAAGGUUCAGGUCAAGAUGGACUUGGUGUGGGUGGUAAACUCAUCUAUACUCGAGAUGGCAUUAAAUGGUCACCAAUGUCAAGGAAAGAGUCAACAUCAUUAUUAAUCGGAUCAUCGCCAGAAUCACUUGUACCAUUCAAAGUUAUUGGUCAGUCUUGGGAUAAAUUUACAUUUACCUCAGUUGAUAUUAAACAUUCAGGUCACACUAAACUCCAAUGGACCUCUUCAUGCCAUUGACAUUUUUACCUUAACUAAUACACUUUUUCCUGUGUUUCCAACCAAGUCAACAAUUUAUUGAUCACUGAGAUUGAGUCAAGAGACAAAACCAACAAGAAAAUAUAAUAUUUUCCUCUCUUUUCUGUCACAAAUAUCAUUUUCCUCCUCUCAUCUCUAUCAUCAAGCUACAAUUUUCAUCCUUCUCAUCAUCAAUCUCAACCCUUAGCCCAAUAUCAAUGUUUUAUCAUCGUCAUAAUCAACUAAAUCAUUCAAGUCCUUUAAUGAAUACACAACUAUAAAUGAUGACGACGAAAAAAAAAUCCUAACAACUAAUUAACAUUCAACUAAUCAAAAUCAACAUAAUAUUUUCCCUCUAUGUUAAAAGUUGACUCUUUUUGUUGGACAAAAAAACAGAAAAAUUAAAAAAGAGAUACAAUUUAUUCAACUAA